GGAGAGGACCGAGUAGACCGACGAGUUGCAGAGCAAUGGCGGCUUCGUCGCGAAUGGAGAUCGACAAGAUGAGCGUGGAGCAGCUGAAGGGGCUCAAAGAGCAAGCCGAUCUGGAAGUCAAUCUGUUCCAGGAUAGCCUCAACAACAUCCGCAGCGCUACUGCUCGUCUCGAGAUCGCCUCCACUGCCCUCCAGGACCUCUCUGUCCGACCUAAAGGAAAGAAGAUGCUUGUGCCCUUGACGGCGUCGCUAUACGUGCCUGGAACGCUGGACGAUGCGGAUAACGUCUUGGUUGAUGUAGGCACUGGUUAUUUCAUUGAGAAAACAAUGGCAGAAGGUAAAGACUACUGUGAGCGGAAAAUUUCCUUGCUAAAGUCCAACUAUGAUCAACUUCUUGAGGUUGCGACCAAAAAGAGAAGUGUAGCAGACGAGGCUGGGGCUGUUCUACAAGCAAAGCUGAAGCAAUUAGCGCCUGCACAAUGACAGCUUUCUAUGCAUUUGUAGCAUCUGGCGGUCAAUUUAAGCAAUAUAUGUGUCCAUCCAUACACGUAGAUACUCAACCGAACAUUCAGCUAAAUGCAAAGAAGUUGUAAGGACGGGACGGGAGUCUGAUAGAAAAAUGAAUGAAUGGACAGAGUCAGUAGCAGCAGUAUUUUGCAAGGUUAAAUGCCCUUUUAUUUAUUUAGUUACACUUUGCCAAAAGCUUUUCUUUUGUUAUGGUCAUGUCAUCAGGUUUAUUACAAUUUUCACAACUACUCGUUGAGUGUCCUCAUCAGAAUCCCAACUUUUAUUCCGUUUUGGA